UCAGGCUGUAACGCCAUCUUUAAACCCCAGAAGGAGCCACUGUUUAGCGCCGGGUUGUGCGAGUCGGUGUGCCCGAAUUGGGCUUAUUUUCUGCGGGCUUUUAUUAUUUCAAACCAAUAAAUAAGUUUAAAAAAAGAUAUAAAAGCACAACAAAGGAACUCUGAGAAGCGGAAAGACAACGGGCGGGCUUAACGGGCGGCGUUAUUUUCUGCAUUAAGAUUCAGAAAACGUUGUUUUAUCAAAAAAAAUCGUCUUUCCCUUCUUUGUUGUUGCAAGCAGCUUGGUUGAGACGCGCUGCCUGGCCGCAAUAGGUCCCGAGUUCUCCCCCUCCCCCGCGGCCCGGCCGGAGAUGAGUGGAAGAUGUCGGUGUCGGGGCUGAAGGCCGAGCUCAAGUUUCUGGAGUCCAUUUUCGACCCGAACCACGAGCGUUUCCGAAUUAUCGAUUGGAAACCCGACGAGCUGAGCUGCCAGUUUAACGUUACCGGAGAAAAGCUUCUGAUCAUCCACUGCAACAUCACGGAAUCGUACCCCUCUACACCCCCAAUAUGGUUUGUGGACUCCGAUGACCCCAGCUUGGCGGCUGUGCUGGAGCGUCUUGAGGAUGUCAGGAAGGGAAGUACCCUGCUCCUGCAACAGCUGAAGCGUCUGAUCUGUGACCUGUGCCGGCUGUAUAACCUCCCACAGCAUCCUGAUGUGGAAAUGCUUGAUCAGCCCCUGCCUGCUGGACCGAAUGGAACAACAGAAGAAGUGACAUCAGAAGAGGAAGAGGAGGAAGAAAUGGGAGAGGAUAUUGAAGACCUGGACCACUAUGAGAUGAAAGAGGAGGAACCAGUGGAUGGGAAAAAGUCAGAGGAUGAUGGGAUAGAGAAGGAGAAUCUGGCCAUCCUGGAGAAGAUCCGGAAGAAUCAGAGGCAGGACCACUUGAACGUAAGUGCUCAUUCGGGUGCUGUAUCUGGAUCAGUUCAAGCUUCAGACCGCCUCAUGAAAGAACUCAGGGAGAUCUACAGGUCACAGAGUUACAAGUCAGGAAUCUAUUCUGUGGAACUUGUCAACGAUAGCCUUUAUGAAUGGCAUGUUAAGCUGCGGACGGUGGAUCCAGAUAGUCCAUUACAUAGUGACUUGCAGGUUUUAAAGGAAAAGGAAGGGAUGGAUUACAUCCUCCUAAAUUUCUCUUACAAAGACAAUUUCCCAUUUGAUCCCCCUUUUGUGCGGGUAGUUUCACCUGUUCUUUCUGGAGGUUAUGUGCUUGGUGGAGGAGCCUUGUGUAUGGAACUUCUUACAAAGCAGGGCUGGAGCAGUGCCUAUUCCAUAGAGUCUGUCAUCAUGCAGAUUAAUGCCACUUUAGUUAAAGGAAAAGCCAGAGUGCAGUUUGGAGCCAAUAAGAACCAGUACAAUCUUGCCAGAGCACAACAGUCAUACAAAUCCCUGGUGCAGAUUCAUGAAAAGAAUGGUUGGUAUACACCCCCUAAAGAGGAUGGGUAAAAGACGGGCUCCUCCAGAAGUGCACUGGGACCAGAUUUCUAAGGGUCAACACUUUUUUUUUGUUCUUUUGUUGUUGUUUUUUUUUUCUCUGACUCCGAAGUUAUCUAUUUGGGAGUGACCCCUAUUGGGUUGACCCUAUUGGUGACCAUAUAACCAACGGGUAAAUCUCCUAACUGACCUCUUGACCCUUAUCUUGCCAGGCCCAUGUGGCCUGACCUUCUCUCUGUUUCUCUUCGGCAUUCAGCAGACUAAAAAGAAAAAACUCCACACAGACUGCCUCUCCACCUGUCCCCCCAUUCUUCGUAUGGGCUAAACGUUUCAAUGACUGCCGUUUGUGGGGUUUACGCUGUCCUAACGUUUUAUGUUAUGUAUUCAUCAGAUACUUGCAUUUUUGUUUGAAACCUAGGUUAAGCAAGCUCAUCAUAGGUUAAGAGAAUAAGUAAGGCUGGGGCAGGCUUGCUUGUUGUAUUAGCAGCCUGACAGAGAGAAAUACACAGUCAGGGCUUAUCUUUUAAUAUCUUACUAUAGCCAAAUACUUUGAAAGGCUUUACUUCUAUGCUUGAAAGUGGAACGUGAAGGGUUUAAGCCAGAACAUGUUUAAUAUAAAUGCAAUUAAGUAUCCACCAGCUAUUCACAUAAAGUUUUUAGUGUCUAUAGGUAUGGCUAGUGAUUUUAAUUUUAAAUGUUGGUGUUUUGAUAGAAGCUGGUAUGGGUGUCCUUAAUUGAAUUACAUAAUGUGCCACAGGUAAUAUCUGUAUAGGCUUGUUUGUGUGUAAUAUGCCAAGAUUGUAAAGCAACAUGUAUAAAGUCUCCUGCUUGUGUAAUCAAGUGUCAAAUCAGCCAAAUCAAAGCAGGAAUACACAUUGCAAUUAGGGAUCUCUCAUUGAGAAUAAUGUAGUUAGCCCACCUUCAUGGUGGCGUUAUUGCCACCAAGGAAGAAUAUCUUCAGACUUUGUGGCAUUUGGCUAUAUUGGCUACUCUUAAAAUAAGCCCUGACCUGGUAAGGCAGUUGGAUAAUUGUAAUCAGUAAGGUUUACUUUACUAGUUAUAAAAAGAAAACUCAUACUCCGUUUGACUCUUUAACACCCUCCAGAAGGUAUCCUUGUGUAGGUGUGGGGUCCAGACAGACUUCAUUUUUCGUUUUGAAUCAGGAAGUUGGCUGCUGAUAAAGGAGUAUUUUACAAAAUGCUUGAUGGAUAAUAUCUUCAUAAAGUGAAAAUAAAGCAUAAAUCAUUGUCUUUGACAUUGCGACUAUUCCUGUUUUCAUAGAUUGCAAGGUUCUUCAUUAAUGAACCAUAAUUCAAGUAGCGUGGUGGCUCUUUUAUCACAGUCUUAAUGUCGGCAAUGAGUUUCUUCCUGCUUAACAUCUGUAUUCACAAAAUACUUUGCAAGUUGAGAAAUUUAAUUGCAGGUAAAUAGGUUCUAGCCAUUGUUAUGGUCUUUUACCUAAAAUGGCAAUUUACAAGCCUUUUGAGUAUAAGUUUGUGGAGAAGGAUCAGUUCUGCAUUGUUACCAGUGAGUAGCUAAUUUUGUGUGUGCAAAAUAAAUGAUAAAAUGCUUGCAAUAUAGUGACACUUGCUGUAGUUUUCAUACUCGGCCUGCACACCACCACAGCAGCAGGUCUGCAUUUGAACGGACCAUCCUUGGCUCUCACAUCUCUUGAUAUACACUCAUUUUAUAUGUGAAUGGACACUGAGUGAAAAAUAAAGGCUGCUGAUCCCAUUCUCUUCAUUUUCCAGUUGAUCCUAAUUCAUUGUUUGUCUAUUGAGUGACAAUACAUUGUGAAGUUGUAUGUAGAUGAAUUCUUCAGAUCCAUCAAUCCCAUCUGUGAAGACCACAGUUAUUUAUUAUGCCUUACAAAAGAAAGCCCCAUUAAAAAUAUAUUUUUAAUUGUAAUUUUAAUAUCUUUCCACACUCCAUUUAAUUUUCUCAGUCCUCACUUUUCAAGCAGUGAGGAAUUGUUUGGCAAAGUUCAGUAAAAUACUGGGGUUACUUAUAAAAUCCAAGAGAAACCCUGCACUCGGUUAUGCAUAAUACUUGUUGGAUGCAUUUUAAUGUUGCCCCUGUUGUUUGAAUAAAAUUCCAAUGUGUGGGUCUUUCUACAGUUUAAGUUUCUUAAAACCAGCAUAGGGAUUACCUAGAGUGGUCUUUUAUAGACAGUAACAUUUGUUUUUAACGUUUUGUCAGAUUCCUUGCAUUCUGCUGUAGAUUGGCCCAUGUACUAACCCUUUACAGCACUAGCAACAAUCUUUAUUGUAAAAUCUAGCGAUGGGUAUAUGUUGUAUUGUUGAUUACAUCUUCUUUAUAUACCUGCAUAAGUUAGUCACCCCCACUUAUAACCUGACCCAAAAACACAAUAUACCGUCAAAGUUGAAACUAAAACAAUUCCAAAAGCCAGAUUUGUGUCUUAAGAAUAUACAUAUGGCAUAAAUUAUUUGAUUUCCUUACGCUCAUAAAUUGGAAAGGAGAAUUGUCAGUCUUUGUCAGCAAAAACUUGUUCUGACUUAUCUGUAUAUUACGAAUAUAAAGAUUAUUUAUAUUCUUUAUAAUCAAGACACCUAUGGCAAAACAUGGUGAGAAUAUUUCAACCACUGUAGUGACCUGACAAAUAAGGCUAUUUUGAGAACUUUCCCACGUUCUAUAUGGAGAACUUUUAACAAAUCUCAGGAAUCAAGGAUUUUAUUCUAGGGAGUCAUUAUAGAUGUUAAGAAUACAAGACUAAAGGUUUGCGCUUAUUGUCAAGAGUUUUUCUUAGUGGCCUAUAAUUUAGAAUGUUUUGUUGAAAAGCAAAUGUAUCAAGAAAUUUUCUUCCUUAUGUUCUCUUCAUAAAUAUUCAAGACUUUAAAGAUAAAUGUGGUGGUGGGGACUGCUUCUUAGUUAUCAAAUCAGUUUAUGUGAAGCAUCAGGCAAGUGGAGAAAGGGGGUGUAAAUUAGACAGUGCUAUAUUAUGGGGUUUAUAGUCAAAAUUUCAGGAUACAUUCUAUCAGUUUGCAAGAUGUCAACAAAUUGUCACCUGAUCCUACAAAAAAAUCUUACCCUGUGUAACAUCUCUUCUGCCUAUUGUAUUCAUUUUUUCCCUUUGAUAUAAAACUUUGCACAAGGCUACCAAGAGCAUCUAGAGAGAAAGUCCAAAAACUGCUUCAGAAGUGGAGAUUGUACUUUUUGAAAUAGGAGAGCUAUAGUUUGUAUAAGUUAAACAUUUGGAUUGUAAGCUUUUUAUACAGUGGACUGGAAUAUAUUGUGAAUUGCAAAGAUCUGGGCAUUCUCAUUUCUAAGAGAGCAGGACUGAUUUAACAAAAAAUUAUUCUAGACUAUGAUUCCAAAAUAGGAGUAUUGAUGCAGCUGGAACCAGUCUGAAGUAUGAGAUUCAUGUUCUGUGUAAGUGUUAGAUAUUUGGUUGUACGUUUUUGUAAGUUUCAGAACACAUGGCGGCAGGCCUAAGUAGUUCAACAGUAAUAAACCAGAUGGGUUUCCUCAAGUCUUUGUGAGUAAUGAAGUCUCCACAUCUUGUUUAUUUUCAUGUCUUAAAACCUCUUUAAAAAGUGACUAAUAUUUUGAAAACUAAAUUUUUCAUCUUUAAAUGUGCAAGUGAAAAAUAGCUAAGCAUUUGAGCUUGCAAAAUUCGAUUUUGUGUCAUUUGUUUCACUCUGCAGUAUCAACUCUUGAGUGCUACUCUGUUGAGCUCGUGCCACACAUGGCAAAAGGAAACUUACAUUGAUCCAUUUUGUAGUAUGAAAUGUGCUUUGACUAAGGGCCUGACAAAUAUAAACCAGUUUUCUUUGUACUGGGCAGCGUUUGGAAACUGGUUUGAAAUACUGGCUUCUAAUUGCGGGAUUCCCUUUUGGCGCCAUUUUGUGGUGGGCAGGUUAUCAAGUUAUGCACUGUUAGCAUGCUUUGAUUUUUUUUUUCUUUUUUCAUUGCAAGAGUAAUUUUGACCAUGUACAGUAAUUUGUAAACUUGCAUCAAGUUUAUGAAUAAAGAAUUUUAAGAAAUA